UUGAUAUUUAAAAGCUGUCAAGUCAAUUAAACCGUGAUUAUGAUAUUUUGAUAACAUUAUAUCAUUUUUACUUAUCAAACGUGUUGGUUGUGGUGCUACAUAUUAUAAUAAUACGUAUAGUACAACAUAUAAUUGUUUAGCGCACGGCACACGGCGCUGCGUGUUUGUCGGCGUAAUGGAGUACUGUCCACCAAACGUGACCUUGAAUGAAAUUUGGGUGGAUCAUGGAAUAUCACAAUGUUUUAUGGAAACGGUUUCGGCCGUUUUUAUUGGAGGAUUUCUUCUUGCGUUUGGCACGUUUCAAAUAGUAAUGUAUAAAAGAUAUGCUAUGGAAGUGGUGGAUGUUAGACCAUCAAAAUGGUUCACUGUGCAGUUAUUUUUCACUUUAUUCAUACCAGUGUUAGCUGUGAUAAGAUUCUUGUUACAGGCAUUUGUUUUUAAAGGUGGACAUAUUUAUGGUUAUAUGAUUUUAGCUUUAGUGGUGACGUUAGUUGUAUUUCCUUUAUCAGCUUAUUUAGCGGUAUUAGAAAGAAGUUACCUAUUGCCAUCUCUACCUCCACGAGCCCAUGGUUUUGUGCUUCUUAUUUUCUGGGCAAUGAUAUUUGUGUCGGAAAAUUUAUCAUUUUUAAAUCUUAAUAAGAAAGGAUGGUGGUGGCAUUUGAGAGAUCUACAAGAUCGUUUGGAGAUGUCACUAUUUGUUGGGAGAUAUGUUUCAUGUAUGAUCAUGUUUAUACUCGGAAUGAAGGCUCCAGGCAUUCAGCAUCCAUUUGAAUAUCUAGACAACGAUAAUGGGAUACAACGCAAUAUACCGCCUAGGGACGACAACAGAUCGACGUUCCGCAAUGUAUUCGGCAAGCUGCGCACGCUUCUGCCAUUUCUGUGGCCGCGCAAAUCACUCCAGCUGCAGUUCUACGUGAUGAUAUGUAUAUUGGCGUUGGUAGCCGGCAGAGCAAUCAACCUUUAUGUGCCCAUUUAUAAUAAGAAAAUAGUGGAUAGUUUGGCAGUGCCCAACUCAUACCGAUGGGAUCUAGUCGUGAUAUACGUAUUCUUCAAGUUCCUACAAGGCGGAGGUACUGGGGGCAUGGGAUUCUUGAACAAUCUCAGAUCAUUUCUAUGGAUUAAAGUGCAACAAUACACCACGAGAGAGCUGCAGCUAGAACUUUUCAGGCAUCUCCACGAUUUGCCAUUGAAAUGGCAUUUAUCUCGCAAGACUGGCGAAGUGCUGCGUGUGAUGGACCGAGGCACGGAUUCUAUAGACAAUCUGCUAUCCUACAUACUGUUCUCUAUAACGCCAACGCUGGUUGAUAUCGUGGUUGCUGUUGUAUACUUUGUCACGCAGUUCAAUGUUUGGUUCGGACUUAUUGUGUUCUCCACAAUGGUACUUUAUAUUGUUGUGACGAUAAUGGUAACUGAAUGGAGGACGAAGUUCCAGCGACGUAUGAACUUGGCAGAUAACGAACAGAAAGCGCGAUCUGUCGACUCGCUAUUGAAUUAUGAAACUGUGAAGUACUACGGUGCGGAGGGUUACGAGGUUGUGUCCUACAGGGAAGCAAUAGUUAACUAUCAAAAAGAAGAAUUCAAAUCCCUAAUAACUUUGAACAUGUUAAAUACAUUGCAAAACAUUAUUAUUUGUGGAGGUCUGCUGGCCGGGUCGUUGCUUGCCGUGUACAUGGUGGUGAAGACAUACGAACUGACAGUCGGCGACUACGUACUGUUCGCUUCUUACAUCGUGCAGUUAUACGUACCUCUUAACUGGUUCGGAACUUAUUAUCGAGCUAUCCAAAAGAACUUCGUGGACAUGGAGAACAUGUUCGAGCUGAUGCGCGUGGACUCUGACGUGUGCGACGCGCCGGGCGCGCCCGAGCUGGCGGUGCGGCGCGGCGGCGUCGAGUUCAAGCACGUCAGCUUCGGCUACGGGCCCGAGCGCCUCGUGCUCAGCAACGUCAGCUUCCGAGUCGCACCGGGCUCUACUGUCGCACUGGUAGGGCCGAGUGGUGCCGGCAAGUCGACAGUGAUGCGGCUGCUGUUCCGCUUCUACGACGUGAACGAGGGCGCGGUGCUGGUGGACGGCCAGGACGUGCGCAGUGUGACGCAGGCAUCGCUGCGAAGGAACAUCGGUGUAGUGCCUCAGGAUACUGUGCUAUUUAAUAAUACUGUCAGGUACAACAUCCAAUACGGAAGGCUAAACGCGCCGACGUCUGAUGUCAUAGCCGCCGCUAAGAAUGCGGACAUCCACGACAGGAUCCUAACGUUCCCUGACGCUUAUGAUACUCAGGUGGGAGAGAGAGGGCUGCGGUUGAGCGGCGGCGAGAAGCAGCGGAUAGCGAUCGCGCGCACGCUGCUGAAGGACCCCGCCAUCGUGCUGCUGGACGAGGCCACCUCCGCGCUCGACACCAACACCGAGAGGAACAUACAGGCGGCGUUAGCUCGCGUGUGCGCCAACCGCACCACGCUCAUCAUAGCGCACCGGCUCUCCACCAUCAUACACGCGGACGAGAUCCUCGUGCUCAAGGAGGGGGAGAUCAUCGAGAGGGGCAAUCACGAAGCGCUUUUAGCACAAAACGGUGUGUACGCUUCGAUGUGGCAACAACAAUUGGAGAAUCGUAACUCUGAGGCUAACAACAACAACAAUAACAACAACAACAUUGAGCCGCCGCCGCCGCCGCAGAAUGCUCUGGGCAUGUUCGGCCACGGACACGGACACGGACACUAGAUAGGCAAUGCUUAGGGUUGCAAUCCACUUGCAUGAUUACCUACCGUUAUAAUCUUUAAUUAAAUUGCUGUUAAGACUUUAUAGUUGUUACAAGUUUAUUAAUGUUUGCAUUUGAUUAAAAAUAGACAAAAUAAACAGUCUAUAGUCGCUUAUUUGGAUAUUUUAAGUAAUAAUUUACAGGUGGGAAUCAAGAGUUUAACUAGCGUAAUAGAUUUAUGAUUGCAAAACGCAACAAAACACAAUAGUCUAUAUACUUACCUUAUACCUCCAUGUAACACUUAUUUUGGUUAUAUUUAGUUAUGUGUAUAUAUGUUUGUAUAUAUUUCAGCACAAUAGUCUUUAGCAAUGUCUAUAAGAUUUAAAUACAUUAAUAUUUCUGUGUAUUAUAACAAAAAUGUGUAUUAAAACAUGAAAAAUGACUAAAUGUUGAACAUUUUGUGCAUUUUAGCAAGUGAGUUACAACCCUAAUAGUUUAAGUUGCAAUUUGUUAAGUAAAUAUUUCAUAAAGGUAAAUAAAAAAACGUAGGAAAUGUAACCGUUUCGAAUAUGUUUUGACAAAAGGAGCUCUUAGUAUGUAAAAGGACAUGACUGAUUGGUUAUAAGGUGGUAUUUUAACACAUAGACAGGUCGAUAUGAACAAAAAAUUGUGCCAUACUUGCCACAAAAUGCAGUUUGUGUUUGUUUUUACAUAGAAAUGAUGUGUAAAUACGUCAUUCUUGUGUCAAUUUAAAUGCAACCCGAGAACAAUAACAUGAUACCUAGAAUUAUAUUGAAAUGAGAAAUAUUACAAUGUUAUUGUCAAUGAAUUUAUUAUGAAUUUUUUUAUAUUUAAAUCGAUAUAUAUUUUUUGAAGUCUUGUAAAGGUAAAAUUGUGUGGUUUUUUUUAAUGAAUGUGACUGUAUCUCUUUUCCCUAUGAAUUUUUUGGUUUUAUUUAUAUUUGUUGUUUCUCUACAUUGUAUAUUGAUCCUAUCUAUGUGUUGUAAUAUUGUAAGGAGCGCUUUGGGCACAUUUGGUAUAACAUGUAAAUACACGGCGAAGCUCUAACAAACUGUAUACAUAAGUUGACAUUGUGAUGAUGUAACUAUAUUGUACCUGUAGUAUUAAUGUUGUGACGGCAAAUUAUAUGUGCAAUUCAGUGUUAUUAAAUAACGUUUUUAUUUA